CUGGGCCGUCGGUGACGUCACGCUGCGACAGAGCUGCCCCCCGGGGGGGGGAGAGAGGCGGCGGCUCCCUCCAUUGCCGCACAGCGCAGCAGCAGGAGGAGGCUGUGAGGCGGCAGCAGCAGCAGUAGCGAGAAUCUUCCACAAUCCGUCGCCAUCCUCCUGGCAGGAGCGCCCGCAUCGCCACCGGCCCCACCCGGCAGACACCGUCGACGGGGUGUCACGACGCAUCCGAUGGCGGCGCAGAUGGGGCGGCUGGCGAGCGCCGUGCUGGGAAUCCUCCUCACGGCUACUGCCUGCCACUCGGCCACGCUGAGCUUGGCCGAGCCCCAGGUGGCGAUGUUCUGCGGAAAGCUGAACAUGCACCUGGGCCUGGACACUGGGCGCUGGCAGCCUGACCCCAGCGGGGUCACCAGCUGCCUGGCUACCAGACAGGACAUACUCGCUUACUGCCAGCAGGUGUAUCCGGAGCUCCAGGUGCGAAAUGUGGUGGAGGGGAACUCCCCGGUGACUAUUGGAGGCUGGUGCCGGAGAGACAGAGCCCACGGGAAGAGGAGCGGAGCAGGAGAGAGGGGAGGAGAGAGGGGAGACUCCGCCAGCACGGGGCAGUGCAGGGGUCACCCUCACGUCGUGGUGCCGUACCGCUGCCUAGUGGGAGAGUUCAAGAGUGACGCCCUCCUCGUGCCAGAGAAGUGCCACUUUCUGCACAAGGAGAAAAUGGAGGAGUGUGAGACUCAUCUGCACUGGCACAGCACUGCCAAGGAGGCGUGCGAGGCUCAGCACUCCAGUCUGCUCAACUUCGGCAUGCUGCUGCCCUGCGCCAUCGACCGUUUCCGUGGUGUCGAGUUCGUCUGCUGCCCUCUGGAUCCCCAGCGAGCUGCCCACGAGGGGCAGCAGCAGCCAGAAGGGCAGCAGCAGGAGGAAGAGGAGCAGGAGGAUAGGAAUCUGAACGUCGGAUUCACCUCACAGGAGCUGCGGCCCAUCGAUCCGGUGUACGACUGGUGGGAGGGCGGCCAUGGCACGGAUAGCAACUAUCCGGCUAGUGAGGAGCUCACCGUGGACGACUCUCCACCUCCUCCUGCCCUCGCCAACGGCGACGAUGACGCUGGCGACGAUGAUGGCGACGAAGAUGCCGGUGACGGUGAUGACGAUGAGGAGGAGGGGGGCGAUGAUCGCGAUGAUGAUGAUGGCGUGGAGGGGGGGGAGCAGGGGGAGAUAUUGGGGGGGGGCGAGGAAGAAGAGGAGGAGGAGGUGAAGGAGGAGGAGGUGAAGGAGGAGGCUGAGGAGGAGGUGGAGGAGGUGGCCGGGGGGGAGCAUCGUAGAUUCCUCGCCGCCAAGGAAGCUCUCGAGCGGAGUCACAGGGAGGAGAUGGGUCUGGCGAUGAGAGCAUGGGAGCAGCGUGGGAGCAGCCCCGGGGAGCGAGGAGGACUCAUCCAGCGGUUCCAGCUGGAGGUGUCCCGCAUGGACCGUGCGUACGCCCAGCGCAGGCAGCUGCUGCUGCAGGGCCACGCUCGGCGCGCUCAGCAGGCGCUAAGCGACCGCCGCAGGGCGGCACUGGAGGAGCUGCUGGGCACGGUGCAAGGGGAUCACGAGACGCGGCCACACCGCGUGGUGCAGGCUCUCCGACACUACCUGAGAGCCGAGUCCAAAGACCGCACCCACGCCCUGAGGCACCUCCAGCACACGGCCAGCGUCGACCCCGCAAGGGCACAGGCCAUGAAGGCCCAGGUGGAUGCUCACCUGUUGGCUAUCGACGAGCGAAUCAACCAGACCCUGGCGCUGCUGCUGGGACGCCUCCCACCACUCUCCUCCGACAUGCAGCGCCAGAUCGCCGCCGCUCUCUCCCCACUGCACGAGACCCAACAGCAGCAGCAGCAGCGACACAGACAACACAAACAGCACAAACAACAACAGGCAGAGACCCCCCUCCCUGCCGGUCGUCGUGGCUACGGGAGGGACGCCCUGCCUCUCCCUCCUUCUCCUCCCUCCGCCUCUCCCUCCCCCUCCUUCUCCCUGCUUCCCCUGGUAGCCUCUACCUCCGGCCCCCCUCCUCCCCCUCCUCCUCCUCCACCUCCUCCCCCACCUCCUCCUGCUCAAGCAGCGCCCACUCUGCUGCCCACCUCGUCACGGAUCGGACAACCUGCGGCUCCAACUCGCUACGCAGGGAGCCAGAAGUCAUCGAAAUACAACCCUGGCCACAGGACCAUUCCAGAUAAAUCCAGCUACACACACGGCCUCGUGGAGGAGGAGGAGGUGGAUGAUCAGGAGGAGGAGGAGUACCUGGAGAUCCUCACCAACGAGAUUCUGGUCAAGGCUCCCCCUCUGGGCUCCAAGGGGACUCAACAGGACUCUGCUGUCUACCAACUCCCACAGAAGAUGAUGCGUGGUGGGCGUCAGCACGGUGGCGAGGGCGGCGGUGAGGAUGACGACGACGAUGGUGAGGAUGAGGGGGAGGGGCUGGUGAACCGCGGGGCCCUGGUCGGACUCCUGGCGGGGGCUUCGAUCGUCGCGGCCGCCAUCGUCCUGUCGCUGGCCGUGCUGCGGCGCAAGCAGCAGCAGCAGCACGCCAGCAUCAGCCACGGCGUCGUAGAGGUUGAUGCUGCUCUAAGCCCAGAAGAGCGCCAUCUGAACAAGAUGCAGCAGAAUGGAUACGAGAAUCCAACGUACAAGUACUUCGAGCAGAUGCACAUCUAGUGCUGAGGCUACACUACAGUAUACCCUACACUACUGUACACCACACUAUACACUACAGUACUAUACACUAUGCUACUAUACACUACUAUACACUAUGCUACUAUACACUACACUACGC